UAGCUAGAGAAUCAGCUGUUAAGUACACUAGCGGUGGGACUUACGUGCGCGAGUCUCGUUGCGGCCGACCACCGCCUAUUUGACGAAGGUUAAAACCAAAAUGCCUGUAGAGAUAGUCUGGCCCGCUGUUGGUGCAACCAUUCUGCCAAAUUUGGGAGGAUGGGCCGGUGGCUUAAUUACCACGAAAAAUAUCAAGCCGUGGUAUGAGACCUUGCGCAGGCCAAAUUGGCGGCCGCCGAACUGGGCGUUUGGCCCUGUCUGGACAACCCUCUACUGCGGCAUGGGUUACGCAUCCUAUUUGGUUUGGCGCGACGGCGGGGGUUUCGAGGGUGACGCGAGAUACCCCCUGAUAAGUUAUGGGAUAAAUAUUGGCUUGAAUUGGGCCUGGACUCCCAUCUUUUUCGGUGCAAAAAGCUUGAAAUGGAGUUUUUACGAAAUAUUGGUGCUAUUGGGCAGCACCGCAGUAACAACGGUUGCUUUCUUCAAAGUAAAUGAAACUGCCGGCUACUUGCUCAUACCAUAUUUGGCGUGGGGUACCUUGGCCACAGCUUUGAACUAUGUCAUCUAUAGAGAUAAUCCAACUCCUGCGAUAGAGGGCAAGAAGGAUUAGAAUUUUGUCAUCACAACGCUGCCAGACAUGGCACAAUCCUCUUCAAUGUGUCUGACGACACAGAAGAAUUUCAAGGGGACACUAUUCCCAUUUUUCCUUACAGCAAUUUUGACUGCGGUAAUACAAGUCAGGUAAAUUUUGUACGAACUUCUUGCUAUACAAGUUUAUAUAUUUUUUCACGAUAUGAACAUAGGAAUAUGUUGAAUCCGGUAAGAAGAAACAAAUCAUAAAGAAAAGUUUAUUAAUAUUAUAUUUUACUAAUUCUAUACAUGGUAUCAGGUAUCGGUAUGUUAUUGGCGAAUAAACUAUGUAUGAAUUU